AUGAACUUCCAUAACCAACUCUUUCCUCUUCUCACUCUUUUCUUCAUUGUGUUUCUCUCAGGGGAAAGGGUGUUGCAAACAGAGGCUGGCCAUCAUCAUCAUCAUCAUCCUCAUCAUCAUGGUCCAGCAAAGUUGUUCGUUUUCGGAGACUCGUAUGCCGACACAGGUAACAUUCAGAAAGCUGUUUCAAAAUCAUGGAAAGACCCUUAUGGCAUCACCUUUCCCGGGAAGCCCUCCGGCAGAUUUUCCGACGGUAGAGUCCUCACCGAUUACAUUGCUAAGUAUUUGAAAGUGAAAUCACCAAUUCCCUACAGAUACAGAAAAGUGAUACCAGAACAUGUGAAAUAUGGGAUGAACUUUGCGUUUGGUGGAACUGGUGUGUUUAACACGUUGGUUCCAUUCCCAAACAUGACAACCCAGAUCGAUUUCUUGCAGCAGCUCAUCAAAGACAAAGUGUACUCUGCCUUGGAUCUCACCAACUCAGUUGCCCUUCUUUCUGUCGCUGGAAAUGACUACAGUCGUUUCAUGCAAACAAAUGGCUCUCAGGGUUUAGAAUCUUUCGUGGUCUCAGUGGUUAACCAAACAACGAUGAAUCUGAUUCGCAUAAAAGAGUUGGGAGUGAAGAAAAUAGUGGUGGGUGCUCUACAACCCCUUGGAUGCCUUCCACAGAUCACAGCCUCGACCUCAUUCCAACGUUGCAAUGAAACCUCCAACGCCUUCGUGCUUCUCCACAACACCCUCUUGAACCAAGCAGUGACCAAACUGAACCAACAAACAAGGGACCGUUCCACCUUCGUAAUUCUUAACCUUUUUGACAGCUUCAUGUCAGUGUUGAACCACCCUUCCACACACAACAUUCGGAACAAGUUGUACCCAUGUUGUGUUGGUGCGAGCAGUAACUACUCGUGUGGGAGUGUGGAGAACGAUGUCAAGAAAUAUAGGGUUUGUGAUGACCCCAAAUCUGCUUUCUUUUGGGACCUUGUCCACCCUACACAAGCUGGAUGGAAUGCAGUGUACAACAAGUUGCGAACCAUGAAUGAUCUUCAACAGAUUCUUUACUAG